UAAUGUGUAGAUCUUCAAGUCCAGGAAUCUAGUCUUUCUAGCAGACCUGAGCUGAAGCCACACCUCUAAAGCAUAAAUGGCCACAACUCAAAAUCUGCAUGAAGCUUGACAGAAACUUGUUUCCUUUAAGGUUCCUCAGCAGAUCAGCUUUAAGCUGUGAAGUUCUUCAAAUAAAAUCUGACUAAAAUAAUCCACAGGUGAGUGGGUGGAGUUAAAGCCAGCCUUCACAGAAGUAAAUGACAAAAUAAGAACAAAAGAAAAUAAUUAAUCAAGCAAAUCAUGACACCAUCCUGAAAAUGUGUCUGUUUAUUUAAACAAAAAUAUCCAUAACUGGAUAUUUGAAACACUCAAAGGAAAUUGUUAAAUUAAAUUUGAACCUUGCCUUAAGGUUGACUUAGAAGUUAGAUUGUUCAAAGGAAUUUGCUUCAUAUAUAAGGUAUUGAAACUGUUGUCAACGUUUUGUAUGCAAUAUAUUUUUUCAUGCUUUAUAGUAAUAAUCCGUUGAGUUCUAUGUUGUCUGUCACUAAGAGCAGUCAAUAUUUCACCCACUUCUUUUCCUUCCAUCCUCCUUCUCCAGUUUUUAUCUUAAGAUUACUGACAUUGUAAUCCCCCGUUGUUUCCUGGAAACCUUUCAGCACUUGUUGUCUUCUUUUCCUUCUAAUUACAGUUUUCUAGUUCGCUCACAAAAAAACCAAAAACAACAAAAAAAAAUGUCCCUGCCGGUGUUGAAAACUAAUGAGCUAAAACAUUACAGCCAUAAAUCCGGUGAGCAGUCCGGGCUGGAUCGGCCCUUCUUCCCUCUCUUUUUCGGAUGUUACAGAUAAAUAUGCUGCAGAUCCCAUGCUGCAAAUGCUUGGCAGACAUUUCAAUUCCUGCUGGAUGAGAAGGGGAUCUGUGUGUGUGUGUUUCUCUCUCUCUCUUUUCUUACUGGCAACAACAUCUCUGCUGCUGGCAGGAGUCACCAGAAUAAAAACAGCAACACCAGACUCAGAGGGGGGAAAAGCAAAGUGAUCCACUGAACAAGAGACGCUGCCCUCUCAUGAUCACGCCAAGCGCCGUAUCUUUUAUCUUUCCCCGCCGCUCUCAGUGAAGCGGUAAUUAGCCAGAGGAGAAUAAAAGCAGCCGAUCAGGAGAGGGGUGGUGCAUUUUGGAGUGAGAUGGCUAACAGAAACACUCUGGUGCUCCUGUGUGGACUCUUCCUCUCAGCACUGAUCCUGCCCUCUCUUCAAGGAGGUGUAUACAUACCACCCGGGGCUGGACUUGGACCAGGAGGUACCGGACCAGGAACUGGAUUUUUCCCAGGGUCUGCUGGAGGAGGUUACAAACCAGCUAAAGCUCCAGUUGGAGGUUAUGGACCUGGAGGUCAAGGUUUAGGCGGUGGUGGUUUGGUGCCAAGAGGUGUUGGGCCAGGAGGACUUGGUAUUGGAGGACUGCCAACAGGGCAAGGUGGAAAAGCCCCUAAGCCGGGUUAUGGAAAUCUUGGAGUUGGAGGCCAUGGAGGAGGUGGUUAUGGAGGAUAUGGAGGAGGAACUGGGGGCUUUUUCCCAGGAGCUGGACAGAAAGCUGCCAAAAGAGCUCCUGUGAUUCCUCAGACAGGCCUUCCAGGAGGAGGAGGAGGAGGAGGUGGAGGAGUAGGAGGGGCUGGAGGAAAGAAAGCUGCCAAAGUGCCAGGUGUGGGUGUUCCUGGACUCUAUCAAGGGGGAUUAAUGCAAGGACAAGGAUUUAAUGGUCGUGGAGUUUUGCCUGGGGUGCCCACUGGAACUGACCUCAAUCCCAAAUCUAGAGUCCAUGGACAGAUGCAGCCAGGAGUGUUUCAUGGCUACCCACUGAAAUCCCCUUCAGCACAAGGGGGCUAUGGAGCGAAACCUGGAGGUGCGAAGCUUCCAUAUGGUUAUGGACCUUUUGGUAAUGUUGGAGCUGGUCUUCCAGGAGGUGCUGGUGGCACUGCAGGUGGUGGAGUAACUGGCGGGCUGUAUCCUGGGCAGUUGCCAGGAGCAGGGUUUGGAGCUGGAUCCAAGGCAGCCAAGUAUGGAACUGGAGGGCAACUUGGUACUGGGGGACAACUUGGAACUGGGGGGCAACUUGGUACUGGGGGACAACUUGGAACUGGAGGACAGCUUGGAACUGGAGGACAGCUUGGAACUGGCGGAUUUGGAACGCUAGGGGGAGGUGGUGGAUAUUCUCCUGCUUCAAAAGCUGCCAAAUAUGGAGUUGGAGGUCAACUUGGAACUGGAGGACAACUUGGAGCUGGAGGACAACUUGGAACUGGAGGUCAACUUGGAGCUGGAGGACAACUUGGAACUGGAGGUCAACUUGGUACCGGAGGACUUGGAACACUAGGGGGAGGUGGUGGAUAUUCUCCUUCCUCCAAAGCCGCCAAAUAUGGUAUAACAGGGACUGGAGGACAACUCGGAACAGGAGGACAGGUUCUACCAGGAGGACAGCUUGUACCAGGAGGCCCAGGAACAGUAGGCAUUGGUGGUGGAUAUUCUCCUGCUUCCAAAGCUGCCAAAUAUGGUUUACCAGGAACAGGACAACUUGUACCAGGAGGACCUGGAGGAGUGGGAACACUAGGGGGAGGUGGUGGAUAUGCUCCUUCCUCCAAAGCUGCCAAAUAUGGUAUACCAGGAACAGGAGGUCAACUUGUACCAGGAGGACAACUUGUACCAGGAGGACCUGGAGCUGUAGGAACACUAGGGGGAGGUGGUGGAUAUGCUCCUUCUUCCAAAGCUGCUAAAUAUGGAACAGGAGGCCAACUUGUACCAGGAGGUCAACUUGUACCAGGAGGUCAACUUGUACCAGGAAGACAACUUGUACCAGGAGGACAACUUGUACCAGGAGGACAACUUGUACCAGGAGGUCAACUUGUACCAGGAGGCCAACUUGUACCAGGACCUGGAUCAGUGGGUGGAGGUGGUGGUUAUGCUCCUGCUUCUAAAGCUGCCAAAUAUGGUUUACCAGGAACAGGAGGACAAGUUGGAACAGGAGGACAAAUUGUACCAGGAGGACCUGGAUCAGUGGGUGGAGGUGGUGGUGGAUAUUCUCCUGCUUCCAAAGCUGCUAAAUAUGGUUUAACUGGAACGGGAGGUCACUUGGGACCAGGAGGACAACUUGUACCAGGAGGACAACUUGUACCAGGAGGACAACUUGUACCAGGAGGAUCUGGAGGAAUUGGUGGAGGUGGUGGCUAUUCUCCUGCCUCCAAAGCUGCUAAAUAUGGUGUACCGGGAUUUGGAGGGCAACUCGGAACGGGAGGGCAGCUUGUGCCAGGAGGACCUGGAACGUUAGGAGGAGGCGGUGGAUAUUCUCCUGGUUCUAAAGCUGCAAAAUAUGGUAUCGGGGGCCAAACAGGAGCUGGGGGCGGAGCAGGUGGAGUAUACAAUCCUGCCGCCGCCGCCGCUGCUGCUGCUGCUGCUGCCAAAGCUGCUAAAUAUGGUCAAGGCGGUGCAGGAGGCGGGACUUACCCAGGAGGGGCAUACCCUGGAUCUCAGUUAUUCCCGGGAUAUGGAUCGUUAGCAUCUGGUGUCAAGCCUCCUAAAUAUGGAGCUCCACAACAAGGCCUGGAUGGACUGCAGAGGGGAACAGGACAGAUACUACCUGGAUAUGGUGCUUAUGGAGGAGGAGGAGCUGGGAUCAAACCCCCAAAAUAUGGAGGAGCUGGAACCGGUUUAGGAUUUGGAGGAAUGUUGACCGGUGGAGGAGCAGGACGAGGGCCUUUUGUGCCAGGAGCUGGUCAGUACCCUACAGGGGCAAAAGCCGCUAAAUACGGAGUGGGACCAGGAUUUGUUCCUGGUCAAGCAUAUCCUGGUGGUGUAAAACCACCAAAACAUGGAGGCAUUCUUGUGCCAGGAGCGACUCCAGAAACCGGAGUGGGGGAUGUUCAAAAUGGAUCUCUCGUUCCAGGCGGUUUGCCGUCCAAACCAACAAAGGAUGUCAGUCCUGAUGGAACUCCCAAACCAGGACCUACGCCUCUUGCUCCCCUUAGCAAGGCCCAAGAGCUCACACAGCACAGUGCAGUUUCUGGUGGAAUUAUACAACCUAGUGCAGCUACAAGUGUCGGUGGAGGAGGACUUCCAGCGCCCUCUGGACAAGGACAGACUGGUGUCGGUGGAAAAGCCCCUAAACCAUUCCUACCAGGUGUUGGAGCAGGAGGCUAUCCCUACGGUGGGCCCUAUGGAGUGCCGUUUGGGUCAGGUACUGGUACUGGGCCAGGAUCUGCACCACUGCCCGGAGCAAAGCCUUUAAAACCUCCAAUGACGGGAGGUGGAGGAAUCCCUUUGACGGGAGGAUACGGUCCAUACCAACACGGUUAUGGACAGGUUGGACAACUAGGAGGUGGUGUUGGAGCUAAACCACCCAAACCAGGCUAUGGGAAUUUGGGAGGUGUGUACCAGCCUGGAGUGGGUCCUGGUUAUGGAAGAGAAUAUCCCCAGCAGUUCUAUCAAGCCAAAGCAGCAAAGUACGCCCCACUGCAGGGCUUUCUUGGUGGUGCAGGAGGAGGAGGAGGAGGAGGAGGAGGUGGAGGCGUCUACAGAGGUAAACGUCUUAACAUUUCUUCUCCUUUUCAUAAAUUACUGCAAGCUUUAGUCAGAAAAGAAUCCUGGAUAAAUCACAGUGUGUGAAGUGUCACCACCCUGCUGCCAGUGUGUUCUUUGAGAUGAAAGUGUGUUUGCUGUUUGCUUGCAGGGUGCCAGGGCAAAUACUGUGGGAGGAGGAAGUAAAGGAAACCUUGAGAUCCGUAGACCUCAAGAAACCAUGGUGCUACUGCAUGAUCUAGAAUGUACAUUUAUAUUCAAACCAAGCCCCUUAGACAGUAGAUGUCUGUUUUACUUUACUUGACUUUAGUGUCCAUUGUCAUGCAAGCCCACCGACCAGGAAUUUUGUACAAGAUCUGAUGUGACAUACUGACAGUGCCUUAAGUCAUGUUGUAUUAAUCAACUUUAGAUUAGUAUGUGUGUGCUAGUAUGCGAGUGUUCGGGCACAUAAUUGUGUUGUUGUAAUAAGGACUUCUCUUGCUCUUCGUCCCCGUUUGGCCCAGGUGCACAGAGGUUAUCGCCUCCACUUGAGGAGGACGGCAUGGUCCACACUUGGCCAGUCUCUGCACCUCUUCUGGCUCCCCGUUUUCUCUGCUGCUAUUUUUAGGCCUGCGCGGUGUACGGCGGACACCGCGGCUCUGGCCAACACAUAUGUUCUCUGCAGCAUUGCCAAGCUCAGCCAAUGCACAUUUCAGAUUUGGCUGAUUUUUCCAAAUGUUUCUUUACUCCCCAUACACAGACAGUAAAGUGUGUCUGAUUGCUUAAUGUCUGUUUCCCAAUGUGUAGGAUAGUCCAAACGCUAUACCUUUUGUUUAGCUUCACCCAUCAUUUACGCAACAUGAUUACUUAACUUGUUUUGCAACAUCUUUUGACUCAUAGCUUUAUUGUUAUUAGGAAAGUGUGAAGCUAAAAGAGAAUCCUCCUUCGCUUUAGCAUUUAUUCGCUGUUAUUAACUGUAGUACAAGCUAACCCUUUGACGGAGGAGCUGCCGGCGUGACAUAUUUGUAUUUACUUGAGCUGCUUUCAUAAAGGCUUUACUGACCAGAGGUUCCUGAGCGCUGUUGCCGGGCGGCCCCGUCUCUCUGUAGCUGUACUGUAUUUUGUACUAACUUGAUGUUAGCCUGCUUCAGUUCCUUCACUUGGUGCUGUGUGAGAACUGUCUUUGAGCCAUGCUGGGUCAGACCUUGUCCUGUGUGGCGUGGGAUACUCUUCAUCUUUAUUUAAAACUGUUUUUAGAAGGAGGAACAGUGUGGUUUUGCACUUUUUAUAUCUCGACGGCACACAUGUGACUCGUUCCCAGAUCUCCCAGCAUUGUAUUUGCUUAAACAAGUAACAAAAUAAAAAAAAAUGUCUUUAAAGAACCUACGUCUUCCUGUUUGAUACCUUUCCAUUCUCCAUAAAACUUUAUUAGUAUUCUUUUGAAUGAUGUAUCACUACAAACUAUUUCCGAUUGAAAAUAUGAUGAGUCUGAUGCUGUAUGGUGACUGUAAUAAAAAUCAAACAUCAGAUUA